AUGGAGUCAUGUAGUGUUGCCAGGAUAAUGAGCUUAGGGAAGCUUGCUAUACACCGGACGUAUUUGUGCACCCUAAUCUUCAGAACUUUGCCAAAGAUGCUAGGCUUCACUCCCAGUUUGCUGAAGAGAUUCUGCAAAGCUGAACAUGUUGAGCUACAACUGACCAAGAAGACUACACUGGGCACAUUGCCGGAGCUGCCUCCGGACAUUUUGAUGGGUAUCUUUGCCACCCUUGAGAUCCCUGACCUCGUGCGUGCCGGCUCUAUCUGCUCAUCCUGGCGCUCCGCAUACACAAGCCUACGGAGCCUUGGGCAGUACAAACUCCAGCAGACGCCAUGUCUCCUCGACACCUCCAAAUCCACCAGUGAGAGUGUUGCAUGCCUCUACAGCCUCGCAGAGAAGCGAUUGUACAAGUUAACCCUCCCGGAGCCGCCUAUCCGCACUAGGUGUUUGAUCGGGUCCUCACAUGGCUGGCUGAUAACUGCUGAUGAGAGAUCUGAGAUGCACCUCGUCAAUCCGGUCACAGGUGAACAGAUUGCUCUCCCUUCAGUGAUCACCAUUGAGCAGGUGAGGCCCAUCUUUGAUGAGCAUGGUGCUGUCCACAAGUAUGAACUCUCAUGGCACACUGGAAUGCACGAUGGUUAUAACUUGCCGUCAAUCUUUGAUCUUGACAACCUGCGGCACGAACUCCACUAUAAGGCGUAUGUGUUCUCCGAUGCAUCCACGGAAAGCUUCAUUGUGGUGCUCAUCCACAAUCCAAUGCGUCAGCUCUCUUAUGCAAGGGUAGGGGAUGACAAGUGGACCUGGCUGCCACCUCAUGAUGUCUAUGACGACUGCACUUACAAGAAUGGCCUAUUGUAUGCAGUGACUUCAACUGGAGAAAUUCAUACUUUUGAUCUUAGUGGGCCUGUCGCCAGUAUGAAGAUAAUUAUGGGGGCAUCUGAGAAUGUUUCAGCUGGCAGUGCGUACAUUGUUCAAGCUCCCUGGGGUGAUCUGCUGCUUAUUUGGAGAAUCUUUGGGUAUUAUGAUUUAGAACCUGAACCUGGGGCAUCUGUGUUUUGGCAAACAGGCAGAAUUAAUAUGUAUGAAGUUGACAUGGUGGCAAGUAAACUUAAGGAAAUCAAUUCGUUGCGUGCCCAUGUGUUAUUUCUUGGGCAUAAUCAAUCUCUUUGUCUCAAUGCUGAAGAAUAUCCAGCUCUCAAGGCAAAUCAUGUCUACUUUACUGAUGAUAGUUUUUUCUGGACAACGGGAUUGAAGAAUAAUCACCGUGACAUGGGAGUUCUCAAUUUGGAUGAUAAUAGCAGGGAGGAAAUUAUAUCUCCUCAUCUUUGCUCCAACUUUCCAGCUCCUAUGUGGAUUACGGCUGAUCUUAGAAAGAUGAACUUGGCAUCAGUAGGGGUAGCUUGA